AAAUUCAAGGUGCAAAAUGACGAAAAUAGACACAUGACCCAUUUUAUUCUUUCUUUCAACAAAAAAAUUAGUCGAAUCAAUCAACCGGACUCCGUCACAGUCCCCCCACUCCUCACUCCCCACGCGGCGUUCCCUCCUCUUCUCCAAGCCGUCAACCCAAAACUCUACUCUUUUACCAGUACUGUUCCUCUGUUGAACAUUUCACAGUUAGAGCGAGAAAGUUUUCUCUAGAGAGAGAGAGAGAGCGGCACCACGCUCUCACCAAAAACCUAUCAGUCUUCGCUUUGAUUUCAAUCAUUUCUUCUUUUUCGAUCACAUUGACGAUUUUGUUUAGUUGAUACCUGAGAUUUUACGGCGUGAUCUUAUGCGAAUGUGAAUGUCCGCUGAUUUGAUUGAUGAGAAUUGAGAAAUUCAGGACUUUAAUUUGCUCGAGUUGUGUUUCUGGUGAAUUAGCGUGAAGCAUUUGAUUUGGAGGAGGUCACGACAUGAGCACCCAACGGCAGGCGGUGACGGUUCGGGACCUCAUCGAAGAAGCUAAAAAGCGGAUUGUAAUCUUGCUCCUAUGUGUCAUUGGACUGUCCUAUAUGAUGUCUCUAACAAGCUCUUCAGUUUUUGUCAACUUGCCUGCUGCUGCUCUCCUAAUUGUUAUCCUUCGCUAUCUAUCUCUGGACUUUGAUGCACGAAUAAAAGCUGUUACAUACAAAAGCAAGUCAUCCUCAUCAAAUGGUAGUAUUCAGAAGAAACAGUUAGAGGGUCCAAAAGCAGUUAAUGAGACUUCUGAUUGGAGGAAGAAAGUAGAUUCACCUAUGGUGGAAGAUGCAAUAGACCAUUUCACCAGACAUAUAGUCUCUGAGUGGGUGACAGAUCUCUGGUACUCCCGGAUAACUUCUGAUAGACAGGCUCCAGAGGAACUUGUGCAGAUCAUUAAUGGCGUCCUAGGGGAAAUUUCAUAUCGGAUGAGAUCUAUUAAUCUUAUAGAUCUUUUAACAAGGGACGUUGUCAAUCUGAUAUGCACUCAUUUGGAGCUGUUCCGUACAAGCAAAAUUAGGAUUGAGAAAAAACAUUCAAGAUCAUUGACUAUAGAAGAGCGAGAUCUGGAACUGAAACUGGUGCUGGCUGCAGAUGACAAGUUACAUCCGGCUUUGUUUUCUCCAGAAGCUGAACACAAGGUUCUCCAACAUCUCAUGGAUGGUCUCAUUUCAGUCACGUUUAAGACCGAGGACUUGCAAUGCUCUUUAUUCCGCUACAUUGUGAGGGAGCUUCUUGCUUGUGUUGUGAUACGGCCAGUACUAAAUUUAGCUAACCCUAGGUUCAUUAAUGAGAGGAUUGAAUCUCUAGUUAUUUCAUCAAAAAAGGCUGAUAAAGGACCUACGGCAGCGGAAACAGAACACCAAUCAAGUCCGAGUGCAUCUGCAAAGGUAUCCGCAGAUCAUUUUUCUCGGGUGUUGGAUCCUUCUGCGAAAGGUGUUGAACUUGUUCAGUUAAAAAGGGAUCAAACUAACGAUACCAAGGAUAAUCAUGCGAUGGACACCGGGAAUGGAACAGAUUUGUCAAAGGAUCCUUUGCUCUCGAUUGAUACACGGUCUACUCGUUCUUGGAGUUCUUUGCCAUCACAAACCAACGCAGAUGAUGGUGGAGGUAUCCAGAGACACCGCUCUGGAGGAGAGUGGGGUGAAAUGCUAGAUUUGGUGUCCCGUCGAAAGACUGAAACCCUGGCCCCAGAAAACUUAGACAACAUGUGGACCAAAGGAAGAAACUAUAAAAGGAAAGAAGAGGCCAAUCUAGCAUCAGAUUCACUCCAACAGAGUUCCUUUGUAGGGGCACCUAAAUCACAGAAAGAGAUUGAGAGAGAAAACAAGAUUAAUGUGAGCCUAUUUUUGAAGGCUAAUACUCAACCUUUUCAAUAUCAAGAGGAAGAUGAGCAAAACUUGGAUGAGGUCGAAUCAGAGAGCACUAGUUCUUACACUACUGAAGAUGAGGAACCUAGCAGUGUGACAGGUCUUCACUCUCCUGGUAUUUUAGUGUGGGAUGCAAAAAAUAGGAGGAACGUCAAUCACAUUCAUCAUCCACUUGAAAGUAAUGCUGGUCAUAAGACAAGAAAGGGAAAAUCUAGCAAAGGGCAUGUUCGCUCUAAGCACUUAAAUAAAGUACCAUCUGCGAGGAAAAAAUCUAGAGUGAAUAGCCAAACAGAGCAUGUAUGGCAAGAGAUACAAAGAUCCAGCUUCUUACUAGGGGAUGGAAAUGAUAUAUUAAACUCUAUAGAUAACGAGAAACCAGAAGGUCCGAGUGAUGACUCUGAUACAGAGAUAUCUGGUAGAAUUUCAAAUGGCACGAAUGCAUCAUCAUCAUCUUUGUCAACCAGCAUUCUCGAAAACCACAAAAUGGGUGCUAAUACUGUGAAAGGUUCUAUAAUUGCUGAUUCCUUUUUGAAGUUAACAUGCGAGGUCUUGAGUGCCAAUAUCGUAAAAUGUGGCUCAAAAACUUUUGCUGUUUAUUCCUUAUCUGUUACAGACGUAAACAAUCAUAGUUGGUCUAUCAAAAGAAGGUUUCGUCAUUUUGAGGAGCUCCACAGACGCCUUAAGGAGUAUCAUGACUACAAUCUUCAUUUGCCACCCAAGCAUUUCCUCUCCACAGGUCUGGAUGUUCCAGUCAUUCGAGAACGAUGCAAAUUUCUUAACACAUAUAUGAAGAAACUGCUGCAGCUCCCAACCGUUUCCAACUCCAUUGAGGUUUGGGACUUCCUCAGUAUUGAUUCACAGACAUACAGCUUUUCAAACUCCUUGUCCAUAAUCGAAACAUUACCAGUUGACCUGGAUGAUAGCGUAUGCCGCGUAAGAAAAGAACCUCUGCCCAGGAUUGGCCAAAGAACUGAUAGCAUAUCCUCCACGGGAGAGCAUUAUGCUGAAAGAAAGGAGCGAAUCAUGAUGCAUCAACCUGUGGUGGAUAAAUCAAGAUUUGGGAAAAAAUAUGUCGCACUGUCCCCUCCAAAAAGACCCAUCAAAGAAACUUUUGAGGAUUCAAGUAGUGACUCCGACAAUGUGGUACAAACAAAUAAAGUUUCUAUCCCAACCAUGGAAACGACGCUAAAAUCAGUUGAAACUAAUGCAUGUGUCUCACAUGCAUCAUCUGAAUCCUUUAUUGAUGCUCCUGUUGAUUCCUCCCUUCCCGUAGAGUGGGUGCCUCCGAAUGUAAGUGCACCUGUUCUAGACCUGGUUGACGUCAUUUUUCAGCUCCAAGAUGGUGGGUGGAUCAGGAGAAAGGCAUUCUGGGUGGCAAAACAGGUUUUGCAACUGGGAAUGGGUGAUGCAUUUGAUGACUGGCUAAUUGAGAAAAUCCAGCGUCUGCGCAGGGGUUCAGUAGUUGCUGCAGGCAUAAGACGUGUUGAGCAGAUUCUAUGGCCUGACGGAAUAUUCAUAACAAAGCAUCCAAGGCGACAACGCCCUACCCCAUCUACCAGUCCAUCUCUUAAUUCUCCUCACAACCAACCCCCAACUCCAUCAUCAUCACCAACAGUAGAGGAUAUCCAGAAACUGGAUGAGAUGCAGCAGAAGGAAGCAGAACAACGUGCAAACCUUGUAUAUGAGCUAAUGAUUGAAAAAGCGCCUGCUGCUGUUGUGGGACUUGUUGGUCACAAGGAAUAUGAACAAUGUGCGAAGGAUCUUUAUUACUUCAUCCAGUCAUCUGUGUGUCUAAAGCAGUUAGUCCUUGAUCUUGUUGAGCUGAUACUAUUGUCCGCUUUUCCGGAGUUGGAUUGCGUGUUCAGCACAUUGCAUAAGGAGAAGUCGAGGUUUGGAGAGCUCAAAAUGGAUUAGGGCGUCUGUUUUUCAGACAAUUUGUCCAUCUUUUAGAGGAAAUUAUAUGAACUUCCGUUUUAGUAUUUUCUUUACCUUUUGCCCUCCUGAGAAAAUCGGUCUUUGCUUACACAUCUCGCACUUGAGUUGUAAACGGUGCGGAAAAUUUUGUUUUCUGGAUAAAUUUUCUUAGACAACAAAACUGUUAAAAGCUAGAAUCAACUUCCCGGAGAACAUGUAAAUUAGUUUUUUUUUUUUUUUGGAAUACUUUUUUUGGGAAGACUCGUGUAAGCUACAUUCUGACCAACAUUGGAGAUACCGUUGUAAAUGUUUGAGGUGGGUAUAAAUAUACAAGAUUCAUAUCAGUAAA